AUGUCAGAAAAGAAGUCACUCUCGCCGUCUCUGGAAGGUGCGGAGACGCUGCGUGAGCGAGAGGCGUAUGACAACAAAGAUGUUUUUGGCCAUGAGGAGGAGCACGAUAUCAGAUACAAGACGCUUUCUUGGGAGCUCGUUGCUGUCCUUAUGAUAGCCGAGAUCGUGAGCAAUGGGAUGCUCUCUUUGCCUUCGUCACUAGCUGUUGUGGGUCUGGUGCCGGGCAUAGUCGUUAUCGUCUUUCUCGGCGUGUUUGGGCUGUUCACGGCCUGGAUCUUAAUUCAAUUCAAGCUCAGACAUCCAGAGGUUCAUAAUAUGGGUGACGCAGGCCUGAUCCUCUUCGGCCCAGUUGGGCGUGAAGUUCUCUCUUUCGGCACCAUUGUCUUUGCUGUCUUCGCUACUGGUGGCCAAUUGCUUGCUGGCCAGAUUGCUCUUGGCUCUCUCUCCAACGGCAAACUCUGCCUCAUGCUCUACACCGGUAUCUUCGCCAUCCCCACCCUCGUAUGCUCACUCCCCCGCACCCUCGACAGCCUCUCCUGGCUCAGCGUGCCCAGUGUGAUCAGCAUCAUCGUAGCUGGCAUUGUUGGCAUGAUUGGCGCAGGCAUCAAUUUCCCUGUCGCUAAUUUCAGUGUAGCCAUGAAGACGAAUUUCGUGACUGCGUUCAUCAGUGUCACGAAUCCCGUGUUUGCGUAUGCGGGACAUUUCAUGUUUUUCAUCCUGAUUUCAGAGAUGAAGCAUCCUGAACAUGCUAUGCGCGCGGCUUGGAUGCUGCAGACAUUCGCUACCGUGUUCUACGUUGUUUUUGCUGUGGUGUUGUAUAUCUAUGUUGGCCCGACUGUUGCGUCGCCAGCUUUCACGAGCUUGCCUGAUAAAUGGCAGAAGGCGGCUUAUGGAAUUGCUAUUCCCAAUUUUCUGAUCGCGGGGAGUUUAUAUUCGCAUACGGCUGCUAAGCUACUUUUUGUGAGGUUCUUUCGGAAAAGUAGGCAUCUGUAUACCAAUACUGUGCUGGGUUGGGCCGUUUGGAUAACCCUAGUUUUUCUGAUGAAUGCUGCGGCGUUCGUACUGGCCGUGGGUGUACCCAUAUUCAAUUAUUUGAUCGGCAUUGCCGCCAGUCUUUUUGCGAGUUGGUAUACCUACGGCAUAGCUGGAGCGUUCUGGCUGUAUGAUGCAUGGGUAUAUAAAGGAGGGAUGUUGGCGCUGAAGACGCGGUGGCCGAUGACGGGGUUAAGCGUAGCAACGUUGGCGGUGGGAGCGUUUAUUUGUGUGGCGGGGAUGUUACUGCGCCAUUUAGCUGUUGAUCGAGCGCUGUGGGCGAGGCGGAUCUUGAUACACUGCAAGACUGCAAGACGCCAAUUACUCUACAGUUAUGUUGCGGGAAAGAGCCGCCAAGGCCGCUACCCACCAUGUACAGCAUCCCUCCGCCUCGACCCAUCUGCCUACCACAAGCACAAUGGAGCUUCGACAACAUCUGUACAAUCAAUGACACCUACCCAGCCAUCUGCUGCAUCGCCAAAUCUCCAGUAUGCUGCCCAAAAGAAGCCGCCAAUCCCACAUAGACCUUUCUCAGAUCCCAAUCACCUAGCCCCCGAAGAUGCAUUUUACGCGCACUCACCACCUAGAAGACAGCUGCCCAUCGAUCGAUAUAGCGCCCUGGACAGUGUAUCUACUGUGACCGAUGGUCUGAGUAUUAGACCCGCAGGCUCUACUCGACGGAGACGUGGCAAAGAUAGAGCGCGCAGCGGAAGUCGAAGAGGGAGGGGUGUAUGGAAAAAAUUACUAUGGGUCAAGCAGAAGGAUUAUCCCGACAACUACACCGACCCUCCUACCUUCCUGUCCCAUCUUCAACGAAACCCCCGUCUUCGCCCCUACGACUUCUGGCCCCUGGUAGCAGACUCGACCGUCAUCGUCCAGCAUAUUUCUUCCGUCGCCAUCUUCGUCUGCUCCUUCGUUGGCAUCUACCAGCAACGCGUUUCACCAGUCUCGGUCGUCAGUUGGGGCAGCGCUGGCACGGUCCUGGGCUGGGUGCUCUGGGAUUUCUGGGUUGGUCAAGAAGCAGCUUCAAAGGUCAUCGCAGAGCCCCACAGCAAUGGCGAAUCUAUCAACGGCUCCGCGCUGAGCGGCGCUAGCUCUCCCAUCAGCAAUACAGCCGCGAUGCCUUCAAACUACAGCGCCAAUUCCUCCACCAUCGGCCUCGGGCUGACCCUUUCGACCAACAAUUUCCCUCGAAAAGGUCAUUCGCACUCACACUCGCAGACUUCAACAUCCUCUGCACCCUCUCCGACCCUCUCCCAUCACCCGUCGAACCCCCACUUACACGCCCCUUCGACCACGCCAAGCCAAACACCCCACACUCACUCCCGCCUCGCAACCGCCAAGUCAGCUAUCUUGAUCUACAUCGCCCUUCUCGGCCUCUCACCCAUCUUGAAAUCUUUGACGGAAUCCACCACUAGCGACUCCAUCUGGGCAAUGACUUGCUGGCUCAUGUGCAUCAACAUAUUCUUCUUCGACUACAGUGGGGGCGUGGGGGUCAAAUUCCAUGCGUCCCUAAGCACAAAUGCGGCGCUGAUGGCCAGCACAGUGCUGGCAAGCAGGCUUCCUAGCACGACGCACGUUUUUAGCUUAACCCUCUUUAGCAUUGAGGUAUUUGGGCUCUUUCCAGUGUUUAGGAGGUACUUGAGGCAUAUAAGCUGGCGUGGGCAUCUAUUUUUGACAUUAGCAUUGGUCAUGGGCGCUGGAGCGGGUCUGGGGACGGCAUUGAGUGCUAAGCCUCUGUGGCAUGGGGGAUGGAAGAGAGCUAUAGCGGGAGCGCUGGUAUGGUGCGUCGGCAGUGUGGUCGGCAUGGGAGGAUGCAGUUGGUGGUUGAUUGGGUUGCAAAGAUACAAGAAUGUGGUUAUCGGCCCGUGGGAUCCAGCAAGGCCGGUGAUUAGGGGAGGACAGUGGGAAUAG